UCUCCUAGCAAAAAGAAGGUGUCGGCACACAGACCGAGGAUUUGACAAGCCUCGUGGGAUGAGCGAGCCUCGCAAUUUGUCCAGAUGCCGCAAGAGCCUGCAUUUUCUCGGUGGCGCGCCGCGGUUUUGGGUACCACGCUUUCGCUUCCACCACUGUGACUCGCUUGUGGCUUCCACUCGUACCCUGCAGCCCUGGAGAUCGGGCUGGAAUUCCCCAGGCCAUUGAUUUGUCGGCGCCCAGACGGAAAACAUCUCCAGGGCAGUACUGAUGCCAUCUGAUUAGGGCUUAUUAAUAAGUACCUAGAAUGCCAAUUCUGAUCAUUAUUACGGAGUGACCCGAAGCACACGACUGCGGCCAUCAACAACAUACAUCAUCAUCAUCCACAUUUAUUUCGAUAUUUUGAUGACACCAACUACGUUUUCGUAUGGCGUUCCCUUCCAGGCGUGCAACAGCGGUGUUGCAGCCUUUGGAGGCGCUGCGUAGUGCGUCCGACAUUGCUGCGCAGUCGGCUGCGUUGAAAAAAGUAAAGUAUGAGCUUAGUGGCCAUCUCUCGCGCAAGAUCGAAUACAUCCGUCAGGGCCUCAUUCCUUCCCUCGCACACACACUGGCCCAUCUGGCUUCACGAGAUGCCGACGCACAAUUGGACCAGGAUGAAGAGUUGGGUUGCACACAAGUCGCGCAGAUCCUGUGCGUAAUUGCUCACGAAGGUCCGGCUUUCGUUCAACCCAUUCUCGAAACAGAUGUUUUGCGGAGCCUCGUUUCCUGUCUGCUGUUGCCACUAUCUCCAAGGACGACCCUCGCCAUACUAAGAUGUCUCAAUGCCAUCGCGGACAACCUCCCACCUGCCAGUCUCGGUCAAUGGUCGCAAGAUGGUAGACUGGCCGAGUUAUUGUACUCGAGAGAGUACAUAAAAUGCAUAACAAAGGUCGUCGGCAGUGCCGGCGAUACCGUGGUAUCUCAGCAGGCUUGCGAUGCCAUGUUAGCCUUGCUGUGCAAGACUGUUACGCAAGAGCUGCACAAACGUGCCCUGGUUCAGGAAGGGCUUUUAACGAUGCUGGCUGUUCGAUUGGCAUCAUUUGUGGUGGCAGAAGGCCUUGUACCUCCCGCCGCGGAAGGUGUAAACAGCGACCUCGCCGUAAUCUUCAGCCUACCAGAACCCGCAUCAACCUUCGCCGAUCUACCACCCGUACUGGAAGCGCUUUGCGUGUUGACUGAGCAGUCUAGAACGCGGGCGGCAUUGUUUCUUGGCGACCCAGCAAUCAGAGCAGUCCUACCUGAUGUUAAAGAAGACUUCUCUCCUUCGGACAUCCGGCGGGCACCAUGGGGAACGAGCUACUUCUCAGGAGGAGCGGUUCCACGCUCCCGCGUCUAUGGCCCCUUUGAUUCGCUGUUACCUUGUACGCUCGUGGCCGAGAAGGCGAAUUCGGCCACCCACAUGAGCUUUCCGUCGUUGGGAUCCGCCGUGUCCAUGCCCAAACGCAGGCCAUCAUAUCUGUCGGCGCCGGCUGAAAUGGCACACUCACCCACGAUACAAGGCUUCGCAGACGAAAUGGGUGAAAGCUCUUUCGUUUCGUGGCUUCUAUAUGUUGUGCGCAAUUCACGUGCAAAGAAGCGUCUUCUGGCAGCCAAGUUCCUGGUCAAUCUUUACAGCCUGAAUUAUGUCAAACAAGAACGAGGUCCUUCGUUUGCUGCCUUGCUGGUGCCGCUCCUUACUCGAAUGCUCGAGCCCGACGCGACGCGACCAGAUACAACACAACAGAGCAACAGCUCAAUCCUCUCCAAUGGCUUGCACUAUGCUAAAGCCGUUCCAGCUGUCCUGGCGCGGCUCAUUAUGGACGAUGCUGAGAUGCAAAGCGUGGCAGUUGACAGCCAUGCCAUUACUAACCUGUCCAUAGGCCUCAAGUCGACCUUCGAUAGUCCUGCUGGGCAUAAGGUUGCACCGUGGCAACCGCACAAAACCGAGGAGCCAUCUACUGAAAGCUCUGUGCCAGGUACUAGGAUUGGACUGGGUGGUCCGACGUCAACCAUCCGGCGUGACAUGGACUAUCGUGAGGGAUGUUUACAAGCGCUUGCAGCAAUUGCCCCCUUCGACGACGACUAUCGGAAGGAAAUAUGCGACCAAGGUGUUUUGGUCCAUAUCAUGCAAGCUCUAGAACCUUAUCAAAUACAACAGGGUGCUGGCCAACAGGUGGAAAUCACGGGAAACUCUGCUCCCGUCAUCCUUGCCGCAUGCGGAGCAGUAAGAGUGCUGACGAGGUCUGUGAAGGCGCUGAGGACGAAGUUGAUCGAGGCCGAGGUCGCAAAACCGAUCAUCAAGCUCAUGAGCUCGACAAAUCCGGAGGUCAGAAUUGCUGCUACUAGAGUACUCGCCAAUCUGGCCAUCGACUUUAGUCCGGUCAAAGAAAGCGUGGGCGAGUCGAGUGUGGUGAAGAAGCUGUGCGAGCAAGCACAUUCCGCAAACGCGCGGCUUCGACUGGAGUCCUUAUGGGCUCUCAAGCAGUUGGUGCUGAAUGCAAGCAGGAAAUUGAAACAAGACGUGGUCGACGAGCUCGGGACGAGUUGGAUAAAGUUGCUUAUCAAGACCGAUCCUGUUGACAUUCCAGAAGGCGAGGUUAUUGGCCUCGUGGAGCGGGAAUAUCCUCCUACGACAAAUGUGUCCCGGCAAUCCGCACAGGAUGUUGUCAUGAGUGAAGAAGCUGAAGACAGCCAACGUACUGGCGGGCCUGUCGCAGAUGAAGCAGGGCUUGAUCAAAACAGCUUCGACACCACGCAUACCACUAAAGACGAUAUAGACAUACAAGCUCAGCUGCUUGAUCUUCUGCGGAACUUGUUCUGUGGAGAGAAUGCGUCAGAUCUGGUCAAAUACAUCUUUCACGAGAUGGGGCAGGACGACUUCUUCCGGAUCAUGCUGGAUCGACUGCGGCCCAGGACACUGGCGGGUCCGACACGGAAGGAGAAUUACACAGCACCAGCACCGGCCGUCAUCGUGGUCAAAGUGCUUUACAUACUCGUUCAUAUUGGCGCUUGUGAGCCAAGAUUGAGGAACGUGAUUGCUUCGCAGACGGCAUUGAUGAAGCAGGUCUUGACCUUCUGCAACCAUGCUGACCGCGAGAUUCGGGCACAGUGCUGCUGGAUCGCAAUCAAUUUGACGUAUGAGGACGAUGCUAGCGAUCGGGCGGCCUGCAAGCUUCGAGCCGUUGAACUUCAGAAAUUGGGGUUCGUUGCGCAGCUUAGAAAGCUUGAAGGCGAUCCGGACUUGAAUGUGAGGGAACGGGCCAAGUCGGCUAUGCAUCUAAUGUCAAAAUUGAUGGCUUCAUAGGUGCUGCCAUCUAGGCGCCGUGGCAGGCCACACUCUCACAGUCAUCAAUAAACUGCUGCACAGCGCAAUUGAGACGCUGCAGGGUAAUUUUAAAAGAUCGAGUAACACUGUGUCACCAAUAGUCGGUCAAUCUAUCAAUACCUUUCAGAGCUCGACAUGUUGAGUGCUGCGUUCGAUUGUGGUGUAAGGCUGAGGCCGUACGGGCGAGGCUGAAGGUCGGUAUUAUAUCCUCCGGGACCAAUUUUGGUUAGCCUCGGCAGUCGGACUCUGCCCGCCGAGCCUUUGUUUACUUUUGUCGUUCCGAAUAUAUCAUUGUAGCCAUACUCUUGACAUG